UUUAGCUGUUAUUGUUUUAUUGUGGAAUGACCUAAUCAGUCAUCUCGCUAAACUAUGAACUAUUCUGUGGGAAAACAGUGUAUCGAAUACAUACUUAUUUGAGUGUUUACUGUAAUGAUGUUGCUUGCUUUAAAACAAAGAGUAAUCUUAGAAGCAAAAGUAAUGCUACAAAUAUUGGCAAACCUUUUUUGUUACACUGAAUGUCCAAACAGAAUACAAACACUAACCAGUUUUCAUCACCAGCAUGAGUGAAUUCAACGUAGAGCUACAACCUGAUGUGAAUAAAAUUUUAGUGGCUGGUGGAUCCAAACUUAGAAAGAGUGAUCAUUCAGUAACUUCGAAACGCAAAAAAAAACUGGAAAACCAUGCACUUACUAUUCUAAAGCGAUGGAAAACUGAAGGCAUUCCGGACACUGCGUCACAUACUGUAUACGAUCACAAGUGCCGUGUUGUGUUACGCAGUUUUGGAAUACGUCACAGUGCCGGUCAGGCUUUGCCCAACAAUACUGCAGUGCAAAGGAAUGUGCAUUCAGGUCCUACUACAAUCAUUAAUGAAUCUGUACAUCUAGUGUCAAAUAGUAGUCCAUCGAAUGAGAAAUUCAACUCAAAUUUACAAGAACAACAAGUAGUAAGAGAAAAUGAUGAAUUAUUUGUUGUUACAAAGGACAGCUGUAAAUCGAGUGACACUCUAUAUUUUAUGAAUGUUGCAAAUGAUCAGAAUACUUCUUCUGUUGGGGAGUGUACAUUAGAAGAAGAAAAUGUUCGUGAUAUGUCUAUUGAUGAAUACGCAAACACGGAAGCCACUUUUCAUUCUAUUGCGCACGUAACCUUGCUACUCAAACUAUUGAAGCAUUUCAGUCCGGAGGCAAAUUAUUCAAGUUUUCCUGCCACUUGCGCUACGCUUCUUUGGUAUGACAAAGCAAAUUAUGUUAGUUACGGCAUAAGUGAUGAUUGCUUCCUAGAAAGUGAAAGAGACACGACAUACACAGAAUUCAUCGCUGAUCACCAAUCGCGUCAGCAGAACAUCUUUCAACUGUUACUGAUAACCAAAUAUCCAAUAAUGUUACAUCGCAGCAGCAACAAGUGACAAGUCGGCAAGCUCAACCAUCAUUAGACAAGACAGAAAAAAGUUCAUUCUUGUAUAAACCCGCGGUGUUUCCUGAUUGUGGUGGGAAAUAUGUGCAUUUUGGUAUGGAGGCGGGUGUAGCUGGAGAUUCACCUGGCGUAUACCAUACAUUCCUCUCUAUUUAUGAAGAAGACCCAUUUAUAAGAAGCAUGCUACCAUCAUGCAUUAAGUCAAAGAUUGAAAAGUUGGACUUAAAUCAACGCUCCAAGGAGGCUAUGGAUAGGCUAUCACAGCGAAAAGAAAAACUAAAUGUUAUUGAUGAUCAAAAGAUAUAUUCGAACGAAGAUAAUAUUCAGCCAUCUCAUCACACUGCUACAGAAGGUUACGAAAAUUCGCCAACCUAUUGCAAACUCCCUCACUUUGUUGUAGACGCCAAUAUAGAAUAAAAUUGGCUAACAAUA